UGCAAAGAUGGAGUUUCAGGCAGUGGUGAUGGCAGCCGGCGGCGGAUCGCGGAUGAUGGACCUGACCUCCAGCAUCGCCAAGCCCCUGCUGCCAGUAGGCAACAAGCCUUUGAUCUGGUACCCGCUAAAUUUGUUAGAGCGGGUUGGAUUUGAAGAGGUCAUUGUGGUUACAACCAAAGAAAUCCAUAAGCUGCUGAACUUAGACACAAAGCUGAAGCUAGAUAUCGUGUACAUCAGUGAUGAUUUGGAUGGGGGCACUGCAGACUCGCUCAGGUAUAUUCAUCCGAAAAUUAAGACUGACGUCUUGGUGCUGAGCUGUGAUCUGAUCACAGACGUUGCUUUACAUGAAGUCGUCGAUCUGUUUCGAGCCCACAAUGCCAUGCUCUCCAUGUUGAUGAAAAAAGCUCAUGAACCGGUGGAAGUGGUACCAGGACAGAAAGGGAAAAAGGCCCCAGUGGAGCAGCGGGACUUCAUUGGCUUGGACGACACAGGAAAGAGACUGCUCUUCAUGGCCAAUGAAGCUGACCUGGAUGAAGAACUCAUUAUUAAGAGAUCCAUCCUUCAGAAGCAUCCUAGAAUUCACAUCCGGACGGGUUUGAUCGAUGCCCAUCUCUACUGCAUGAAGAAGUGCGUGGUGGACUUCCUUGCAGAAAACAAGUCAAUCACAUCUAUCCGGAGUGAACUGGUUCCAUAUCUUGUGAGGAAACAAUUCUCCUGUCCCACAUCAUCACAGCAGGAACAAGACAACAAAGAGCAGGACCAAAAGAGAAGGGAGCCAAAGUCGUUAGACAUUUACAGUUUCAUGAAGGAGGAGGAGAGUUUGCUGAAAUUUGCUCUCAGUAAAACCUGCUGGAAUGAUCACCAAGGAGAUCUGAAUGAAGCCUUCCACAUGGGGAGAGUGCGUUGCUACGUCCAUGUCAUGAAGGAGGGGCUGUGUUUCCGUGUCAACACUCUUGGGCUGUACAUUGAAGCUAACAGACAGGUUCCCAAGAUGUUGCCUCUCCUGUGCCCUGAUGAACAUCUGGUCCAUGCAUCUGCUGAAGUCACUAACAAAGUCAUGGUCGGCUUGGACAGCAUCAUUGGUUCAUCUACCCAAGUAGGAGAGGAGACAUUCAUUAAACGCUCCACUAUUGGCAGCUCAUGCACCAUAAAAGACAAAGUUAAAAUCACCAACUGCAUCAUCAUGAACUCUGUCACUAUUGAGGAAGGGUGCAGCCUCCAGAACAGCGUCCUCUGCCAUCACGCGGUGAUAGGGAAAGGCUCCGACAUCAAGGACUGUUUGAUCGGCAGCGGCCAGCAUCUGGACCCCAGAUCCAAACACGUCAACGAGGUGAUCGUGGGCACCGAGCAGCUGAUGGAGAUCUAACCCCAGCGGGUUCGGGCCGUUGUAUGAAGGCAGCGCAGCCGCCAGCCAGAGACCCUGCAUUGGCAGUCGCUGGCCUGUUGUCGCUCCCUUCCUGCUCGGCUUCAGAGCUACGUCUGAAUAAAGGGAGUAUUU